UAUGACUGUAUUAUUUCUUUAAAGACAGAGGAAGCGGCCGAUUGACGAUUGGACCGGAACAGGAAGUUGUCUCGGAGAUAUAACAAACAGGCGGCGGGAACAACAGAACUGUGAGCAGUGCAUCUGUGGUUGUGUGGAGAAUAUAUCAGUCAUAGCUGGAGCAGGCCAGGCAUGAGUGGACCACACCUGGACGAAUGGCAAAGGAGGUCCUUUGACAUUUCAUCUGGCAACUGUACACCUGAACAGACGGCAGAUGCCCACAGGGCCCACAUCCUCUCCAUUCAGUAUGCAUGGGCAAGCGCUCAGCUCUCACAGCCCAGCAUGGCCAGCCUGUUCAGUACAUACUCGGAGCGCUACGCCGCAGUCCUGGACUCCGAUGACCCCAGUACAGGGCUUAACAACUAUGCAGACAGUGCACUACAUCUGGCCCGCAGUCAGAGGAACUACAGUGUCAAAUGGAAGUCCUCCCUGACCAUGGAGAAUAUUCUGGAGCUACCCUGCGUGCAGAAGAUGCUGCAGACAGCACCAGGAGGAGGAGGUGGAGGUGGGGCAGGCUCCCUUGUGGCGCAAGCAGAUGCUAACAUAACUGUGGGACAGGAUUGCAAAGGCAGCUCAUUUUCCCAUGAUUCUACACGAGUGAGGUCAGAGACCACAAUGUUGAAACCUACAGCACCAUUAAAGGCUAGCACUGAGGUUAACAGCAGUGCCAGUGUUCUGGCUAAUCAUUCUGCAGAGAUGCCAAGAGGCUCUGAGGGAAUCACUGCUAACACAAACUUAUUUCCCCAACCUUUUGCUCGACCACAGUCUGCAUUCAUCUAUCCAUCAUCAGUUCCUCCACAGGUAAACUCUGGCUCUGCUGCAGCUGCUCAAAACUAUCAGGCUCCAUUAGCCUCCACAUCCAAUCCAGCAAAACGUAAGAAUUUUUACACUAAUAAUGUUGGCGAUCCGUGCAAAGGGUCUAAUGGAAGUCAUGCUUCUGCUGACCCUCGACCUGGAAGCAAUUUCAAAUCGGCACGUGAGCAGUUCAUCAUUGAUCAGCAGAAAAAACACACUCAUCAGCCGCAGAGAGGCCAGAACUCUGGAAUAACGACAACUGUGAAAAAAUCUCUGGGUGCUAACAGGCCUCGCGGUGCAUCCUCCAAAUUUGUGUCACCAAUGCCCCGGCAGGAUGAAGAAGAAAACGGAGGAAAUCGCAAUUCUACCCCUGAAAAUCAGAUAGUGGAUGAGCGACUGAAAAACUUUGAGCCAAAGAUUGUUGAGCUGAUCAUGAGUGAGAUCAUGGAUCAUGGCCCUCCUGUGGCCUGGGAUGACAUUGCAGGUCUGCAGUUCGCCAAAACUACUAUAAAAGAGAUUGUUGUUUGGCCCAUGCUUCGACCUGACAUCUUCACAGGACUCCGUGGACCACCUAAAGGCAUCCUUUUGUUUGGACCCCCAGGAACUGGAAAAACUCUGAUAGGAAAAUGUAUUGCGUGUCAGUCAGGCGCUACCUUCUUCAGCAUUAGUGCUUCAUCACUCACAUCCAAAUGGGUUGGCGAAGGGGAAAAGAUGGUGCGGGCCUUGUUUGCUAUCGCCCGCUGCCACCAACCUGCUGUCAUUUUCAUCGAUGAAAUUGACUCUCUGUUAUCCCAGCGGACAGACGGGGAGCACGACUCAUCGCGUAGGAUAAAAACUGAGUUCCUGGUUCAGCUGGAUGGAGCUGCCACGGCAGCCGAGGAUCGCAUCCUGGUGGUAGGUGCCACCAACCGGCCCCAGGAGAUAGACGAGGCUGCACGUCGACGUCUGGCUAAAAGGUUGUACAUUCCUCUCCCUGAACCAGCUGCGCGACAUCAGAUUGUAACAAACCUCAUGGCUCAAGAGAAGAAUUACCUGCAAGAGAACGAACUCGUCAGCAUUGUAGCGGCUACGGAGGGCUUCUCUGGGGCCGACAUGACUCAGCUGUGUCGAGAGGCAGCACUGGGGCCCAUCCGCAGCAUCCAGCUCUGUGACAUUUCUACCAUCACAGCUGAGCAGGUGCGACCCAUCCUCUACAGUGACUUUCAAGAGGCCUUGAGGACGGUGCGACCCAGUGUCUCAAUGAAGGAUUUGGAGUUGUAUGAUGAGUGGAAUAAGACCUUUGGAUGUGGCCGCUAAACCUUUCGUUCUAUACAAAUUACUGAUUGUGGAAUUUAUGUUGGAAAUAAAAUAUUAGAAAUUAAAAAUGGCAUUGACGACC